UCUAUUACUUGUAACCAUUUAAAAGUUUUUAUAGACAACUGUCAUUUACAAAUGUUUACUUAACUUUGCUGUUUCAAUGCUCCGUCUGUCUUUUCCUUUCCCUUACGUCUCAUCUAGUGCUCUUCUUCUGUCACAAUUUAAAAAAGUUCCAAGAAAAAAUAUUUAUUUCUAUCGGGUUUAAUAAAAUUUAAUCAGGUUUAUUUCAUAAUCAAGCGUCCGAUUUAUCUUUAGACAGUUGCUCACAGUUUACUCUGAUUAUUGUUGACAUGAAUGAUUUUCAAUUUUACUCAGUCGAAUCAUUAAUAGAAAUUAUUGGCAUCUGACAAAAGAUCGCAACAUGCUUGUAUAAUCCGGAUUUUUUUUUUUUUUUUUUUUGACAGAAUAUAAUAUUUAUUAUAUAAUAUUUAUUUGCAUUGUCAAGAUGAAGAAUUUUCGCGGACUUGAGAGUAAGGAAGCAAAAAAAAAGUAGAGAGAGAAGAUAAAAAAUUUAAAAAAUGGAACAGACCGAUAGAUGGAACGAAAGGGAGAUAGAUCGGAUGGAAAGGAUGGGAAAUCAGAAGAAAAAGAGGAAGGAACGAAGAAGGGAACUAGCGAUCGGCAGGGGUUGGAAAGGGCGGUCGGGGAGUUGAAAAUAUGAGAUCCGCUCUGGUAGGGACCACCUAGCCAGCCUCCGUUUCUUUCCGCGGCUUCCCACUCCUUCCCGCGGCUUAUCCCUACUAGCGCGGUAUCCUUACCGAGAUCAGACGGCGCGUGAGCGUAGUAGGGUUGCUCGCAGAGUCCGAGAUUGGUCGCGUGGGGGGUUGGUCUACCCUCACUAUGUGCCACAGACUCCGCCUGCUCCCCACUAUUUGCUCCGCGCCUCCUCCAGGCAUUGCAUCGGUCGUCCGGUAGCUCUUAGUUUCAGGUUAGGAGCCUGCUAGGACGGGUCUCGUUCUCUCUUCUUGAGGUCAUCCGGACGAGAGCGAACUGAAGGGUUCGCAACGGUUCGGGUACGCCAGUGGAACCACGAAACGAGGAAAAAGGGAAAGAAAAAAAAAAGGGAGGAUACGGAAAAACGCAGCCGUCUCUUAUCAUUUGGCCUAUCGAUAGGAGGAAAUAUCGGACGUGACAUCGAGCUUGCUAUCAGAUCGAUAUCGAUGAGAUUCAAGAGACUCUGUCGCAGAACGGAUUACGAGAAAAACAGAUUUCGAAAUCGCGUGGCGUAUCAAUCGAGUGUUGCAUCAAGUGUCACCAAAGUGUUCCGAAUCUCCAAGUGAUAUACCUCGUGACUGGAGGAGACUCGUCGUGAUUGUUUUUUUUUUUUUUUGUGUUGUCGACUGUGCGCGAGUGUCACGAACUGGAUCCUCGUUGGCGCGAGUGAGUAAACAUUUGAUCUGUUCCGUGCCGUGUGAUGCGGCAGCGUGUUGAGAUCUGCUCGCAUUAUCGAUACGUGGACGACAACGGCGAGAGUUCAGCAUUAAUAUCGGCGAAUUACCAUCUGUGAGAGACUCUUCGCAAAAAACGAGUUCGCGGAUGGCCCGGUCCAGGAACACCGCGAUCCUCUAAUAGUGGUGACUAAUGACACGGUGACGAAUGAUACGGAUCAUCACGAUCCGUCGAUCGAGGAAGAUCGAGACAUUUAUCGGCACAAUAGUGGUGAUAAUGCCGUGGUACCGAGCACGUUUUCGACAAACGUGAAACUACCGUCAGAAUUGCUAGUGUCGUUGUGUUCUAGUUGUUUGAUUCUCAACGUUACGUGGACGAAUCGCGACGCGCUACAUGUUAGUCCCGAUGAUCGGCUCGGACCACAGAUCGAUAGAUAGAAAAAUCGAUGGAGAAAUUUCACUUAGACUAAAUCGAUAGAUAAAAUACAUACUCUGUGCGAGUGACAAUUAUCAAACGCUUGUAAAACGUACGGCCGUCGAAAGUUAUCGAAAGGGUAAACUCAUGAAGAUCGAAUGCACGCCGCCACGAUAGAGUGUCAGUCCGGCGAUGUUGAUCGCCAGGCAAUAACACGAAAGUGUAAAUCGCUAAGUGGACGCGUGACACGCUUCGCGCUACGCCGUCAACUGCCAGUGAGAGACGCUACCGACGGAACCGCCGCCUAAAACGUGUUCCCCGAGCACGACCGGCAACUCCGGAGGCGGCGGCGGAGACGGCGGCGAAGGCGGCAAACGAGGAAGAGCUGUUUCGCGCCCGCCGGAGAAGCUCGAAGCCGUCAAAGUGGCUUCGUCACUGGGGCUCCAGGGGCCUUCAGCGCCGAUCGGGGCCCAACUACUGGCUACUGGUGGUUCGGAGGAUGCGCCGACCGCGACCGUGUACCACGCCAAUCUGGUAGCCGGUAGCAACACCUCCGUCGUGACUGCGGCGCUCCAGCAGCCCUUAUUAGCGGGUCUAAACUCGGCGGCAUUGGCCAGCAUGCAGGCCUCCGCGGAGGCCAACUCGCGGAAUAUAACGACCAUGGAAUGGCUCUACAAAAAGGAGCCCUUAUUCACGCUCGCCCACUUCUGGCAACAGAGAGCGACUUCGGCGGAGAAAGAAAUAGCCGCACUGAAAGAACAGCUCGCCGCAACGAAUGACAGCAAUUCCAAGACUGAGGGACACCAAUUGUCCCAGCCUCCGCAGGGAAGCGAUCAACAGCAGGUACACGAUGCCAGCAAUCCCAGAAGGACGCCGAACAGCAACCUCGAGCAGGAACUGCAGGCCAAAGACAAAGAGAUUAACCAGUUGGUCGAGGAGGUAUCCAGGCUACAGCAGAGUCUGCAACGCCUUCAGGAGACAAGCGCGCAAGCAACGGCGCGGCUCGAAGAGGAACUCGAGGUGCGCAGGCAGCACAUCAGCAGACUGGAGAGCAAAUUGGAACGGCAGAGGGAUUAUGAUGACCUGAAGCGCGAAAUCAGCGUGCUGAGGUCAGUCGACCUCUCGCAGAUACCAACCGGCGAACCUGGAAAGAGCUUGGAGCAUCUUCUUAUGGAGCGCUUCAAGGCGCUUCAGCAAGCCGAGAAUCUGAAACCCUCCAACACACCCGACGCACUCGGUGGAUUAUCGUCACCCCUGCAGCGCGCCUCGACCGCCUCGCCCCACGGGGUCGGAGGUGUGCCACCUACAUCCCAUGUGUCCUCCCAACAACCACCGCCACCGCCUCCGACAGCAGUCUCUAUCCCUCCACGUUCCACCCCGACGCCCUCUUCGGCCACUUCGACGACUUCGAGCCUCCUUUUCCCGCCACCCCUCCAGAACGUCGAGACUUUUGGCUCGUUUCUCGGUGAAGAAAUCGUUGCCAAUUGGAGGCGGACGUUGGAAAGGUCUAUCAUGAAUCAGCAGCAGCAGCAACAACAUCAGCAGCAGCAACAACAACAACAGCAACAGCAGCAACAAUCACAGCCAUCUCAAUUAAGUCAGUUAGCUCAACAGCAACAACAAUUGCAACAAGUUCAGCCGCACAUGGGUUUGCAUCCGCCAACAACGCCAAGUAGUUUAAAUCAUCUUCCAUCACCGAGCGCGGAUCCGUCGUCCACCUCGAAUACCCCGGCAAAGUCGAAUACGCCGAUCGGUACGGUGUCCCUGGGUAAUUUAGACGUCACCGAGAAGGCGCCAACGCCGGUGUCGGUACACGAGACGCCGGCACCACCGACGCCAUCCUCCACAACCGCCUUAACAUCACCGCCGAGCUUCCAACCACCACCGACGUCGAUGGUGGAGACCAGCACCCCUUCGGCAUCUAUCAACGGCGGCGGUCUCACCCCCGGUGUGCCGAGCGCACCGCCCCCGAAGAGUCCGGCCGACCAAGAAUCAUGUCACAAUAAUAACAACAGCCAUCAUCUAGCGAACAAUAACAUCGGCGGUCUAAGUGUUCUCGAGACGCUCAAGAGUCCGUUUCGAUUCGACGAUCGAACGUAUCCGUUUCGAUUCGGCGAUGAGUUUGGGGCCGCCGGUAUGGCCGGUCGGCUGGGCGAAUCCCUCAUUCCAAAGGGCGAUCCCAUGGAGGCGAGGCUCCAGGAGAUGUUGCGUCACAAUAUGGACAAGUACGCCUCGCAAAAUCUCGACACUCUUCACAUAGCGAGGCGGGUGCGCGAGCUAUUGUCGAUACAUAAUAUCGGUCAGAGGCUGUUCGCCAAGUAUGUUCUCGGACUAAGUCAAGGCACGGUCAGCGAGUUACUAAGCAAGCCCAAGCCCUGGGACAAGCUAACCGAGAAGGGCCGCGAUAGCUAUCGGAAGAUGCACGGCUGGGCUUGCGACGAGAACGCCGUAUUGCUGCUCAAGUCCUUGAUCCCCAAGAAGGAGUAUGUUUCAGGCAAGGAGCAGGGAAUGCCAGCAUUUGCACGUGGACCACAGGAUGGUGGUCCGCCGGAAAUAAAUGACGAAAGAUUGGCGCAUAUUCUCUCGGAGUCGAGCCAUAUGCAAAUGAGAGGCGAGCAUGAGGUAUCGAACGACGCUGAUAGCAAGAGCCCGAGUAGGAUCGGUUGUCCGAGUCCGUUUAACAAAGACAGACUGGACAGCCAAAACAGGAGACUGAAGAAGUACGAGAACGAUGACAUUCCUCAGGAGAAGGUGGUGAGAAUUUACCAGGAGGAGCUGGCUAAACUGAUGGGCAGGAGAGUAGAGGACCUUCGCCCGCGAGAGUUUUCUAGUGCGAUCUUUCCACAUUUUUUCAGUGGCACUCAAGGUGGUCUUCAAGGUAUCGAGCGCACUCAGGAAGACAUUCGAAUGGCAUUGGAUGCUUAUCAUCGUGAGCUUCAAAAAUUGAACGCUGCACCAGGUCAGAAUCCGUCGAUGGCCGGAUUGCCAGGAUUACCUGGGCUUCCGGGCUUGUUGGCGCUUCAGCAGCAAGCUCUUCAGCAACAUCAUUUAGCCGCUAAUGGCGGCGGCGGCGGUGGCGCUGUUCAAGAUUUGAGUUUAGGCAAAAUAGAUCCGCGCAAUAAAAUGAUAAACGGCGUCUCGGAGGAGGAGAAAGAAAAGAUGGAAGAGGCGAUGAGACAUGCCGGUAGCGCUUUUUCCUUGGUGAGGCCGAAGCAGGAAUCGACGGGCCCUCAAUCAACACCCGGCGGUUCCAGCGCGAGUUCUCCCCUGGGCAAUUCCAUACUUCCCCCUGCGAUGACACCUAACGAAGAGUUCGCCAGUGCGGCGGCAGCCAGUCCCUUGCAGAGGAUGGCUUCUAUCACAAAUAGUCUGAUAAGUCAACCGUCCACACCAACCCAUCACUCGGCCAACCAAAGGCCUUUAAAAGCUGUGCUUCCUCCGAUUACGCAGCAGCAGUUCGACAUGUACAAUAAUCUAAACACUGAAGAUAUCGUGAAAAGGGUGAAAGAACAGCUGUCUCAAUAUUCGAUUUCGCAGCGGCUAUUCGGCGAGUCGGUAUUGGGUCUGUCUCAGGGAUCAGUGUCGGACCUCCUCGCGCGUCCCAAACCAUGGCACAUGCUGACUCAAAAAGGUCGCGAGCCCUUUAUUCGUAUGAAGAUGUUUCUUGAGGACGACAACGCAGUACACAAGUUGGUCGCAAGCCAGUACAAAAUCGCUCCAGAGAAGCUGAUGAGGACCGGCGGCUACGGCGGCCUGCCUCGUAAGUUUAACUCAGCGUGUGGAACACCAAUGAAACCUAUGCCGCCGACGAAACUCGUACAAGAACAGCUACAAAACGCAGCGAAGGCGCAGGCCGCCGCUCAAGCAGCUGCGCAAGCAGCGGCGGCGCAGCAUCAGCAGGAGAAUCAGAUGCAGCUCGGCCCGCCUCAGCAAAGUCCUCAGCUUCCGCAACAUCCGCAACCGCCGCCACCGAUGAUGUUGACCCCGCCCGGACCUCAUCAUCCGCACACUCAGCUCAGCAUGCAGGAACUGCAAAAGAAACAACAACAGCAGCAGCAACAAAUGUCACUGCAUUCGCCGCAUCAUCAGAUGGCACCGUCACCUCUUCGAAGUCUUCAUCCGCAUAUUUCACCAAGCGUAUACGAGAUGGCCGCUCUUACGCAGGAUCUCGACACACAGACGAUUACCACGAAAAUCAAGGAAGCGUUAUUGGCGAACAACAUCGGCCAGAAGAUCUUUGGCGAAGCAGUUCUCGGUUUAUCGCAGGGCUCCGUUAGCGAGCUGCUGAGCAAACCGAAACCGUGGCAUAUGCUCAGCAUAAAAGGCCGGGAACCUUUCAUCAGGAUGCAGCUUUGGCUGUCAGAUGCGCACAAUAUCGAUCGACUCCAGGCGUUGAAGAACGAACGACGGGAGGCAAACAAGAGACGACGCAGUAGCGGUCCAGGUCACGACAAUAGUUCUGAUACUUCGAGCAACGAUACUGCCGAGUUUUAUCACGCGGCAUCACCUGGCCCGGGACCCACUACCGGCAAAAAGCAGCGUGUUCUCUUCUCGGAAGAGCAGAAGGAGGCUCUCAGACUCGCCUUUGCUCUGGAUCCAUAUCCCAACGUGGCCACUAUUGAAUUCCUUGCCGGUGAACUCGCCCUGUCUUCAAGGACGAUAACGAAUUGGUUUCACAAUCAUCGAAUGAGACUGAAGCAACAGACACCGCAUGGCCAGCCGGAGCCGCAAUCGCCGCGAGAACCCGGCCAACCAUUCGACCCCGUUCAAUUCAGAUUGCUAUUGAACCAAAGAUUGCUGGAGAUUCAGAAGGAGAGACUAGGUUUAGGAAAUGUACCCUUACCUUAUUCUCCGUAUUUUAAUCCCAACUUGGCGGCUCUGGUGGGUAACGCGCUGAAAGAACAAUGUUCCGGCCUCGAUCUCUCGAUGAACGCCCUGAAGAGAGAACCGAAUCAGGAAUUUGAAGAUGAGGAUGUUGAAGACGCGAUGAGUAAUCUCGGUAGCGAAGAUUCGGAGGGUUCGGCCGGCAGUAUAAAGAGGGAGCCCACAGAAACGCCGACGGCACCCACGACGGUCAGGUCCAAUAGGAGGAAACCCGCGGCACCGCAAUGGGUUAAUCCGGAGUGGCAAGAACCGACGAGAGCAGGUGACGAAGUCAUCAUUAACGGCGUUUGCGUGAUGCAAACGGAUGACUACGGUGUGAAAAGGGAGACUGAGGAGACCAUAAGAGUCGAGCCAACCCCGGUGCAGGACCGAUACGAGGAGGAUGUCCAGAGUGAUGUUUCCUCCGUAUCCGGCAACAAUGGGGCUGAUCGGGAUAGUCCACUGCCCAGUCCAAAAUCCGGUCAGAAUAGUCCAACGACGUCGCUUAGACCGCCGUCGGCGCAACAAACGCAACAGUCCACGGAGGGAAGUCCGAAGGACGUGGUAAAGCACGAACCCGAGGAAACGUGGGAUUACUAGAACAAUUUGGGACAUGAAAUUUCAUGGGAUUAUCCGCGAACUCGGUGUUUCCUUCUCGAAGAAUGGAGAUCGAAUGAGGUUUCCGACGUGUCUUCAGAGUCAUAUUGUUGAGAUAUGCCAAAACGACGCUUUAUAAGAAAAGACGUUCCGCGAGUUCACGAUAUCCAUCGGUCUAAUUAAGUUUUAAACGAGGAAACCAGUUAUAGGACUCGAUCGUAUGCGAGUCCUGCCUACCACGAGGGCAUUAUCAUAGAGAGAGGCGAACCGCGAAAGUCUAGGACAUUCUUGAAGGAUGUUACCGAACAGAAACGAGGGGAUAUCUUGAUCGAUUUAGACGAGGCGCCAAGAGAACGAAAGGAUCAAAACUGAACGGAGCUCAAUCAAAAGGACCUCACAUUGUGACGUUUUCUACGCGGCAAGUGGUACGAAAUCGGUGUCGGUGCGCGUCGGUGCGAAAUCGUAUCAUUUACGAAGACUGUGAAAUACAACAGAGCCGGCUGUGGGAUGACGACGGGCUCUCGUUGCAAUUCGCUCGAAAUUCGAGAGAACCCCGGCUGCUUUCGCUUUCAAAUGUAAUCUCUCCUCAAAGAUGGAUGAUAUGAUAUCGUAUCAUUCCGGAGGUGAGGAGACGAGUGGACUAGAUGAUGCACGGAAAACGGAGGUGGUCUGGGUUCGCUACACAGUGCAAUCUCCCAGUAACUAAUUGUUAGAUCGAAUUAUUAUUAAUUUUUAAUGAAAAAUUGCGCGCGACGGAAAACGGCCGAUUAAUUAUUGCAUAAUUGUGAUUCAUGUUAUUGUUUAUACUCGCCUCCCUAUCCCCCAUAGUGAUCAAGCUGUUAAUGUUAUAUACUCCUCUCUCUCCGUCUCUCUCACUUUUUCCAAUUACGUACCUUUUUACCAUUUUCGGUUAAAAAGUUUGACAUUUCCCUUUUCUCCUUCUCUUUUUCCCUACUUCUUGCUCUUAUCCGUCUAUUUAUAAAAUUGCGAGGAGAAUGAUCACUUAAGAGACCGUUACCAAUGUUAUUAUUAUCACUGCUAUUAUAAUUACGAAUUAUUAAUAUUAUUAUUAUUAUAUAAUUAUCAUUAUAAAAUAUUCUCAGUUGUCAAAAAAUAUUGUCAUCGAUUAUUAUUACGUUAAUAUGUUGAACGGCAUGCAGAAUGUAUAAAAUACCAAAAAGAAGUAAAUUUAUUCGUUUCUCGAAAUGAUUAUUUAAACUUCCUUUUUCUAUUUGUUGGAAACUAUUAGCUGCGCUAGAACAAUUGGUUAUGAAUAUCUUUGAUAAUUUUUAUUUAAAAUUAUUCUGAUUAUUCUGAUUAUUC